AUGAUAAACAGGUCUCGUGUCUUUGCGACUAUGGAACAUGUCCUACACAAUCGGCCGGUCGCGACUGAGCGACUGGCUGAGCAGCUGGAGAAGCCAUUGUUGGACACGAGGACGUACCGAGUCAUACGACUGGGUAAUCAGCUUCAGGCACUCUUGAUUCAUGAUUCUGAAACGGACAAGGCAGCAGCUGCCAUGGAUGUCAAUGUGGGGAGUAUGGCAGAUCCCGAAGAGAUGCAAGGGAUGGCGCAUGCGGUCGAGCAUCUCCUGUUCAUGGGAACUGAAAAGUAUCCAGGAGAAAACGACUACAACGCCUACCUGACCAAGUACGGCGGCUACUCGAACGCCUUCACUGCGUCAACAUCCACCAAUUAUUACUUCGAGCUUUCCGCCACGUCCACCGCGAGCAAUGCUGCUUCGAGUUCUGACGGCAGCCAAGCCAAGACGCCCAUAUCAAAACAAGAUGCUCCUUUGUAUGGUGCUCUCGACCGCUUCUCACAAUUCUUUGUGAAACCGCUGUUUCUGGAGGAUACUUUGGACCGAGAGCUUCGAGCUGUGGAUUCGGAGAAUAAAAAGAACCUGCAGAGCGAUACCUGGCGAAUGAUGCAACUGAACAAGAGCCUGUCAAAUAGCAAACAUCCAUACCAUCUGUUCUCUACUGGAAAUUAUCAGACGCUGCACGACGAGCCACUCGCCCGAGGUGUCAAGAUUCGGGAAGAGUUCAUCAAAUUCUACGAGAAGCACUACUCAGCAAACAGAAUGAAGCUUGUGGUGUUAGGUCGGGAGUCUCUCGACGAGCUACAGCAAUGGGUCGAGGAAUUCUUUGUCGAUGUACCAAAUCAAAACCUACCCCAGCUUCGUUGGGAUGAGGAGGUGGCCCAAUCUGCUAAGGAGCUCUGUCAGCAAAUUUUCGUAAAGCCUGUGAUGGACACGAGGACACUGGACAUCACGUUCCCAUACCCCGAUGAGGAAGACUUGUUCGCUUCGCAACCAAGCCGCUACAUCAGCCACUUGAUUGGCCACGAAGGCCCUGGCAGCCUGCUGACCUAUCUCAAAGUCAAGGGUUGGGCGAACGAACUCAGCGCUGGUGCCUCGCCGAUUUGCCCCGGAACUGCAUUUUUCUCCAUUUCACUUCGGCUGACGACAGAAGGACUCAAGAACUACGAGCAAGUUGUAGUUGCGAUCUUUCAGUAUAUUGCUAUGCUCAAAAGCCAAGAGCCGCACGAAUGGAUCGUAGAAGAGCAGAAAAAGCUCGCGGAGGUGAACUUCAAAUUCAUGCAGAAAAUUCCUGCUUCUCGCACAGUAAGCCAUCUCAGCGGUGUGAUGCAGAAGCCGCUGCCCAGAGAUUGGCUUCUUAGUGGCCAGUCUCUCAUUCGUGAAUUCGAUCCCAAGGCUAUCCGUCGUGGUCUGGAUGCCCUUCGUCCUGAUAACUUCCGUUUCACUGUCGCUAGCCAGGACUUCCCAGGAGAUUGGGAUCAGAAGGAGAAGUGGUAUGGGACGGAUUACAAGUGCGAGAAGAUACCGCAAGGACUUAUGCAGAAGCUCAUUGCAGUCACGCAAGCCCCUGCCAGCGAACUGCCAAGGGGGUUGCAUUUGCCCGCCAAGAACGAGUUCGUCCCUCAAAGGUUGGACGUCGAAAGGAAGACAGUGCAAGAGCCCCUCGACCAUCCCAAACUUGUGCGACACGAUGCGAAUGUUCGCGUCUGGCAUAAGAAGGAUGACCGAUUCUGGGUUCCGAAGGCGAACCUCUACGUCUUGCUCCGAACACCACUCAUCAACGACACGCCUUUCACUUCCAUCGUUACACAGCUAUAUCAAGAACUUGUCAACGACAGCCUUAUCGAGUAUGCGUACGAUGCUGAGCUUGCUGGACUCGGUUACGAUAUCGGAAAGAUGUCUGAAGCGUUCGCUGUCAGCAUUGGCGGUUACAAUGACAAAAUGCAUGUAUUGCUCGAAAAGGUACUGAUUGAGAUGCGUGACAUUGAGAUUAAGCAAGACCGAUUUGACGUCAUCAAAGAAAGACUCGUUCGUGGUCUACGCAACUUCGACUUCCAGGAGCCUUUUCGUCAGAUCGGCAGCUACAGUCGCUGGCUGGGUAAGGAACGCGUGUGGUCAAUGCAUCAACUGCUGGAAGAGUUACCUGCCGUGACUGUCGAGGAUGUCCGACAAUUUUAUCCUCAGAUCCUUCGGCAAAUGCAUAUCGAACUCCUUGUGCAUGGAAAUCUCUACAAAGAGGAUGCUCUUAGAAUCAGCGACAUGGUAGAGAGUGUCUUCAAGCCGCGCCCUUUGCCCCAAGCGCAGUGGCGCACAAGCCGGAAUCUCAUCCUUCCACCUGGCUGCAACUACCUAUAUGAGCGCACGCUUGCAAACCCCGAGAACGUCAACCACUGUAUCGAGUACAUCCUUCAUGUCGGCGAUCCGCAGGAACGUUCUCUUCGCGCAAAGCUGCUACUUCUGUCGCAGAUGCUCGAGGAGCCCGUAUUUGAUACCCUACGCACCAAGGAGCAGCUCGGAUACAUCUGCUCUGGUGGACCACAGUUCAACGGCGCUGCAGCUCACUACCGUAUACUGGUCCAGAGUGAGAAACCGUGCUCAUUCCUCGAGGAGCGCAUCGAUGCUUUCCUUGUGAGCUUCGCGAACACGCUUGAACAGAUGCCGCAGCAAGAGUUUGAGGCGCACAAGAUCGGCACUAUCAACAAGCGGUUGGAAAAGCUUAAAAACUUGAACCAGGAGAGUGGUCGCAUGUGGCACCACAUCACCUCUGAGGCUUUUGAUUUCGAGCUCGUUCGCCGAGACGUCGAAGCCCUCGAGCCUUUAUCCAAGAACGACAUCAUUGAAUUCUUCCGCCUCAAGUUCAACCCCAGCUCAGAACUGCGGGCCAAGGUCUCUGUACACCUCAUCGCACAAGGAUCAUCUGCUGCGAGCUCUACCGCUACGACUACCGAUGCGUCUACUCCGGCGCCAACGACAGCUGGAGAAUCAAACCAGACAUCGACACGGGUGUCGGUGCGCAUCACAGAUGUGAAGGCAUUCAAGGCCAGUCUGGCCUUGAGUGCCGGCUUACAACCAGUCAAAGAUAUUACCGAGUUCGAGGAUUUGGGAGCCAAAUUAUGA